GCCGCCUCGGCCACCUAUUCGCUGUCUGUUCAGGUGGCUGUCGCUUCGAUGUCCUCCUAAUCUUGGAGCCCCCCCGGGCCAGACUCGGCUGGGCUCCCUUCACCCUCCGCUGGAAUCAUGAGGGCGAUUGGGACUCUGCAGGUGCUGGGCUUCCUUCUCAGCCUGGCCCGGGGUUCCGAGAUAGGCAACUCUCAGGCAGUGUGUCCCGGGACUCUGAAUGGGCUGAGCGUGACAGGCGAUGCCGACAAUCAGUACCAGACUCUGUACAAACUGUAUGAGAAAUGUGAGGUAGUCAUGGGAAACCUGGAGAUUGUGCUCACAGGACACAAUGCUGACCUUUCCUUCCUGCAAUGGAUCCGAGAAGUGACAGGCUAUGUUCUCGUGGCCAUGAAUGAAUUCUCUGUACUGCCCUUGCCCAACCUCCGAGUGGUCCGGGGAACCCAGGUCUACGAUGGGAAGUUUGCCAUCUUUGUCAUGUUGAACUACAACACCAACUCCAGCCAUGCUCUGCGCCAGCUUCGGUUCACUCAGCUUACUGAGAUUCUGUCAGGGGGCGUUUACAUUGAGAAGAAUGACAAACUUUGCCACGUGGAUACAAUUGACUGGAGGGACAUCGUGAGGGUUCGAGGCGCUGAGAUAGUGGUGAAGAACAACGGGGGGAAUUGUCCACCCUGUCAUGAGGUCUGCAAGGGGAGAUGUUGGGGGCCUGGACCAGAAGACUGCCAAAUAUUGACCAAGACCAUCUGUGCCCCUCAGUGUAAUGGUCGCUGCUUUGGGCCCAAUCCUAACCAGUGCUGUCACGAUGAAUGUGCAGGGGGCUGCUCUGGACCGCAGGACACAGAUUGCUUUGCCUGCCGACGCUUCAAUGACAGUGGGGCUUGUGUGCCCCGGUGUCCGGAGCCUCUUGUGUACAACAAGCUAACCUUCCAGCUUGAGCCCAACCCCCAUACCAAGUAUCAGUAUGGAGGAGUCUGUGUUGCCAGUUGUCCCCAUAACUUUGUGGUGGAUCAGACAUUUUGUGUCAGGGCUUGUCCUCCUGACAAGAUGGAAGUCGAUAAGAAUGGACUCAAGAUGUGUGAACCUUGCAGAGGGCUGUGCCCAAAAGCCUGUGAGGGGACGGGCUCUGGAAGCCGCUACCAGACUGUGGACUCCAGCAACAUCGAUGGGUUCGUGAACUGUACCAAGAUCCUAGGCAACCUGGACUUUCUCAUCACCGGCCUCAAUGGUGACCCCUGGCACAAGAUCCCUGCACUGGAUCCAGAGAAGCUCAAUGUUUUCAGGACAGUCCGGGAGAUCACAGGCUACCUAAACAUCCAGUCUUGGCCCCCUCACAUGCACAACUUCAGUGUUUUUUCCAAUCUGACGACCAUCGGGGGCAGAAGCCUCUACAACCGGGGCUUCUCCUUGUUGAUCAUGAAGAACUUAAACGUCACAUCUCUGGGCUUCCGGUCCCUGAAGGAAAUUAGUGCUGGGCGUGUCUACAUAAGUGCCAAUCAGCAACUUUGCUACCACCACACUCUAAACUGGACCAGACUGCUCCGGGGGCCUUCGGAAGAGAGACUUGAUAUCAAGUACAACCGGCCCCUGAGAGAAUGCGUGGCGGAGGGUAAAGUGUGUGAUCCACUGUGCUCCUCUGGGGGAUGCUGGGGCCCAGGCCCUGGUCAGUGCUUGUCUUGUCGAAACUACAGCCGGGAAGGUGUUUGUGUGACUCACUGCAACUUUCUGCAAGGGGAACCCCGUGAGUUUGUUCAUGAGGCUCAAUGCUUCUCCUGCCAUCCAGAAUGCCUACCCAUGGAGGGUACCAGCACGUGCAAUGGCUCGGGCUCCGACGAUUGUGCUCAAUGUGCCCAUUUUCGUGAUGGGCCCCACUGUGUGAACAGCUGCCCCCAUGGAAUCCUAGGUGCCAAAGGUCCAAUUUACAAAUAUCCAGACGCUCAGAAUGAGUGCCGGCCCUGCCACGAGAACUGCACCCAGGGGUGUAAGGGACCAGAACUACAAGACUGUUUAGGCCAAACAGAGGUAUUAAUGAGCAAACCCCAUCUGGUAAUAGCGGUGACGGUGGGACUGACCGUGAUCUUCCUGAUUCUGGGAGGCUCUUUUCUCUAUUGGCGUGGACGCAGGAUUCAGAAUAAAAGGGCCAUGAGACGCUACUUGGAGCGGGGUGAGAGCAUCGAGCCUCUGGACCCAAGCGAGAAGGCAAACAAAGUUUUGGCUAGAAUCUUCAAAGAGACAGAGCUGAGGAAACUCAAAGUGCUUGGAUCUGGUGUCUUUGGAACUGUACACAAGGGGAUUUGGAUUCCUGAGGGCGAAUCCAUCAAGAUUCCAGUCUGCAUUAAAGUCAUCGAGGACAAGAGUGGACGGCAAAGUUUUCAGGCUGUGACUGAUCACAUGCUGGCCAUUGGCAGCCUGGACCAUGCUCACAUCGUACGGCUGCUGGGACUGUGCCCAGGGUCAUCUCUGCAGCUUGUCACUCAGUACUUGCCUCUGGGCUCCCUCCUUGAUCAUGUGAAACAGCAUCGUGAGACAUUGGGACCACAGCUGCUACUCAACUGGGGCGUACAAAUCGCCAAGGGUAUGUAUUACCUCGAGGAGCAUAGCAUGGUGCACAGGGACCUCGCUCUCCGGAAUGUGAUGCUCAAAUCACCGAGUCAGGUCCAAGUGGCAGACUUUGGUGUGGCUGACCUGCUGCCACCAGAUGACAAGCAGUUACUCCACAGUGAGGCCAAGACUCCAAUUAAGUGGAUGGCCCUUGAGAGUAUCCACUUUGGGAAAUACACUCACCAGAGUGAUGUCUGGAGUUACGGUGUAACAGUUUGGGAGCUGAUGACCUUUGGGGCAGAGCCCUAUGCAGGACUUCGACUGGCUGAAAUACCAGACCUGCUAGAGAAGGGAGAACGGUUAGCACAGCCCCAGAUCUGCACCAUUGAUGUCUACAUGGUCAUGGUCAAGUGUUGGAUGAUUGAUGAGAAUAUUCGCCCAACCUUUAAAGAACUAGCCAAUGAGUUUACCAGGAUGGCCCGUGACCCACCAAGGUAUCUGGUCAUCAAGCGAGCGAGUGGGCCUGGAAUACCUCCCGCGGCAGAGCCCUCUGCUCUGAGCACCAAAGAGUUACAGGAAGCAGAGCUCGAGCCAGAACUGGACCUAGACCUAGACUUGGAGGCGGAGGAGGACGGCCUGACGACCACACUGGGUUCUGCCCUCAGCCUGCCUACGGGAACGCUUACCCGUCCACGUGGGAGCCAGAGUCUUUUAAGUCCCUCAUCUGGAUACAUGCCCAUGAACCAGAGCAAUCUCGGGGAGGCUUGUCUGGAUUCUGCGGUUUUGGGAGGCCGUGAACAGUUCUCCCGCCCGAUCUCUCUGCACCCGAUUCCACGGGGACGGCUAGCAUCAGAGUCAUCAGAGGGCCAUGUGACGGGCUCUGAGGCUGAACUCCAAGAGAGAAUGUCAGUGUGUAGGAGCCGAAGCCGGAGUCGGAGCCCACGGCCUCGUGGGGACAGUGCCUACCAUUCGCAGCGACACAGCCUGCUUACUCCCGUCACCCCGCUCUCCCCGACAGGGUUAGAGGAAGAGGAUGGCAACGGUUACGUCAUGCCAGAUACGCACCUCAGAGGUACAUCCUCUUCCCGGGAAGGCACCCUUUCGUCAGUAGGUCUUAGUUCUGUGCUGGGUACUGAAGAGGAAGAUGAGGAUGACGAGUAUGAAUACAUGAACCGGAAGAGAAGGGGUAGUCCUGCUCGGCGCCCCAGGCCUGGUUCCCUUGAAGAGCUGGGUUAUGAGUACAUGGAUGUGGGUUCAGACCUCAGCGCUUCUCUGGGCAGUACACAGAGUUGCCCACUCCAUCCCAUGGCCAUCGUGCCCUCUGCUGGCACAACUCCAGAUGAGGACUAUGAAUACAUGAACCGAAAGCGCGGUGCGGGUGGUGCCGGAGGGGAUUAUGCCGCUAUGGGGGCCUGCCCUGCAGCUGAACAAGGGUAUGAGGAGAUGCGAGCUUUCCAGGGACCUGGACAUCAAACCCCACAUGUACGUUAUGCCCGCCUCAAAACUCUGCGUAGUUUAGAAGCCACUGACUCUGCCUUUGACAACCCUGAUUACUGGCAUAGCAGACUUUUCCCGAAGGCUAAUGCCCAGAGAACUUAACCUCUGCUCUUUCAGACUCUUGCAAAGCAUUUGACGGCAGCUAGUGCCUCUUUGAGGGUACCCCUUCCUUACCCCUGGCUCUGAGGUCCCACCUCCAUUUCUCCAGUCCUGUACAAUGCCAUCCAGUUCUUGGAGACUUGUCAACUUAUCCUCACAAA